AUGAGUGCUGAAGAGCAACCGGAUUUAGAGUUGUUGUUGCAUGUAGAGUCCAUGUUUCAAUCCAGUGGAUGGGACGACGGAUAUAAGGAUGGAAUAGAUAUGGGAUUGCUAGAGGGCCGUAUAUUUGGAAGCAGAAAUGGAUUUCAGUUAGGGCAUGAGGCUGGAUUCUAUUGCGGCUUUGCUAAACUAUGGAAGCUUGUAUAUGCUCAUCAGACAACAGAAGAUCGUACAUUACCAGCAAAGGCAUUGAAGCAAUUGGAUCAUCUCAGUGACGCUGAAUCCAAAUUUCCAAAAGAAAACCAUCCAGAAUUGGAUUUGCAACUUGAAAUUCAACGGCUGCGAGGGAAAUACAGAACAGCAACCUCGCUUCUAAAAGUAUUAAAGCCUGGAUUUCAUUCUGAUGCCUUGCCCACUGGUGGCAAUCAAGGAAUUUCUUUUUGA